AUGGCACGGUUCGGCUUGCUCGCCCUUCUCUGCACCCUGGCCGUGCUCAGCGCCGCGCUCCUGGCUGCCGAGCUCAAGUCGAAAAGUUGCUCAGAAGUGCGGCGUCUCUACGUAUCCAAAGGCUUCAACAAGAACGACGCGCCCAUGCACGAGAUCAACGGAGAUCAUUUGAAGAUCUGUCCCCAGGGUUAUACCUGCUGCUCUCAAGAGAUGGAGGAGAAGUACAGCCUGCAAAGUAAAGAUGAGUUCAAAAGUGUGGUCACCGAACAGUGCAAUCAUUUGCAAGCCGUCUUUGCUUCCCGCUAUAAGAAGUUUGAUGAAUUCUUUAAAGAGCUACUUGAAAAUGCAGAAAAGUCCUUGAAUGACAUGUUUGUGAAGACAUAUGGCCACUUAUACAUGCAAAAUUCUGAGCUAUUUAAAGAUCUCUUCAAAGAGUUGAAGCGCUACUAUGUAGUGGGAAAUGUGAACCUGGAAGAAAUGCUAAAUGAUUUCUGGGCUCGCCUUUUGGAGCGGAUGUUCCGCCUGGUGAACUCGCAGUACCACUUCACAGAUGAGUAUCUGGAAUGCGUGAGCAAGUAUACAGAGCAGCUGAAGCCCUUUGGAGAUGUCCCUCGGAAACUGAAACUACAGAUCACUCGUGCAUUUGUAGCAGCCCGUACUUUUGCUCAAGGCUUAGCAGUUGCAAGAGAUGUAGUAAGCAAAGUCUCUGUGGUCACUCCCACAGCCCAGUGUACCCAUGCCUUGUUGAAGAUGACUUAUUGCUCCCACUGCCAGGGUCUAGUGACUGUGAAGCCGUGUUACAACUACUGCUCGAACAUCAUGAGAGGCUGUUUGGCCCACCAAGGAGAUCUGGAUUCUGAGUGGAACAAUUUCAUAGAUGCAAUGCUUAUGGUGGCUGAGAGGCUAGAGGGCCCUUUCAACAUUGAAUCAGUCAUGGAUCCCAUCGAUGUGAAGAUUUCUGAUGCCAUCAUGAACAUGCAGGACAAUAGUGUGCAAGUGUCUCAGAAGGUUUUUCAGGGAUGUGGGCCCCCGAAGCCCCUCCCAGCUGGACGCAUUUCCCGUUCCAUCUCUGAAAGUGCCUUUAGUGCUCGCUUCAGACCCUAUCACCCCGAGGAACGCCCAACCACAGCAGCUGGCACUAGUUUGGACCAACUGGUUACUGAUGUCAAGGAGAAACUGAAACAGGCUAAAAAGUUCUGGUCCUCUCUUCCAAGCAAUGUUUGCAACGAUGAGAGGAUGGCUGCGGGAAAUGGCAAUGAGGAUGACUGCUGGAAUGGAAAAGGCAAAAGCAGGUACCUAUUUGCAGUGACAGGAAAUGGAUUAGCCAACCAGAUCAGUAAUCCGGAGGUCCAGGUUGACACCAGUAAACCGGACACACUGAUCCUUCGUCAAAUCAUGGCUUUGCGGGUUAUGACCAAUAAAAUGAAGAAUGCUUACAAUGGGAAUGAUGUGGACUUCUUUGAUAUCAGUGAUGAAAGCAGUGGAGAAGGAAGUGGAAGUGGAUGUGAGUAUCAGCAGUGCCCUUCGGAGUUUGAGUCUAACACAACUGACCACUCUGGGAGGAAUGCCAAUGAUAAAGCCAACCAUGCUGGUGCCCGGGUUGAGGCCCAGCCCUACCUCCUCACUGUCUUCUGCAUCUUAUUUCUGGUUAUGCAGAGAGAAUGGAGAUAA